CGGAUGGGAAGGGUCGGAGCUUAGCAGGUCGCUGGGCAAAGGAACCCGGCGGCCCUCGCGGACGAGGGCGCGGUAGAGCGCGAAGCAAGCAUGCCGAUGACGCGAAUCGCGCGCGGGGACAAAGGUUGAGACGCGCAUGGGUCAAGGAGUGAAUGAGGCAAUUGAUUGAACUCCCAUCACGAUAAUAAGCCCCGAUUCGAAUCGUGUGUCCGAGUCGGAAGAUGGUGCUGGGGAAAUUGAAAUCGGAGAUCGGGAAAACUGGGACCGUGGAUUCGGUGAGCUCGGUAAACUCGGUGAUCGGGCUUUUUAGUUCCGGCUACCGACGGUCUGUGGAUGCCCUUCGUUAUGGGUACGUACAACGUACUACCUUAGGUAAUUUACUAUUUCUCGACUCUUACAUAAGGCGACCUGGAAUCCUCCUCCUCCUCAGUCUCCGUGUUAGAUCAAAACGUUGUUCAGGAUUUUUGAUUUCUUCAGGCCCUCACAGUUCAUUGCUAUUCGUAUUUCUUUGUAUCGGCAGAUUGCUAUUUACUGGCCAAUGAACACGGAUGCGACAAGUUGCUACAGGCUUGACCUGGACUCAC